CUCAGGAGCCAGAUUUACUAUAUCUUGUCUCCCAUAGUACACAGAACAUGGAAAUGCAAUUAUUUUAGUAACUAUAAACUGCUAAAUACCCUUUCUCAUCAGCAAUUAGAGCAGUCUUGUGACUUCUAUUAGUGUCUAGCUGAGCACUGGUUAAAGCUUGAGAAAAGUGUUUGUUGUGUUCUAUGAAAAUUCAUAACCCCUGACCCUCUGUCUGGACAGUGCUGAUUGGCCCUGUGUGGAUCACAUGCACCCUCUUAAGAAAAAAAAAUAAAUCUCUAGCAGUACUCACCAAACUGAGCAU